UUUUAUGUGCAGUUUACUCACUUCAUAAGUUUAUAUAAAGUCAUGUGAGGAAUUGAGUGACAGUGAUUACACAGGAUUGUGUGUCUGUUGUGUGUGUGAUGUGACGGUGGGUUGUGUUAUUGAAGACAGAUUCCUCCAGUAACGAGCUGAUGUUCAUUCAUGUCACAUCACUGUUCUGGGAUCAGAGCUGUGGUCUAUCUGCUGUUAGUUGAGUUGUGUUUGGUUAAGGAAUGUCUGUGUAUGUGGUUGUGAUUCCCAGAAGAGUUUAGUCACAAUGAAUCCAGUAUGAAGCCGAACGAGCUGUGAUGUCAAAGAGCAGUUACAGUAAAGACCUCUGCUUCUGUCUGUUUCAGCUUGCCGCUGCUUCAUUUCCAGUGGUGGUCAAGAUGGGACACGCCCAUGCCGGCAUGGGAAAGAUAAAAGUGGAGACAGCCAAUGAUUUUCAGGACAUCACCAGUGUAGUUGCCAUCGCUAAAACCUACGCCACAGCCGAGCCAUUCGUGGACUCUAAAUAUGACAUCCGCAUCCAGAAAAUCGCCAACAACUAUAAAGCAUACAUGAGAACAUCUAUCUCAGGUAACUGGAAGGCAAACACAGGAUCAGCUAUGCUGGAGCAGAUCGCUAUGACUGACAGGUAUCGUCUGUGGGUGGACUCGUGUGCUGAGAUGUUUGGAGGUUUGGAUAUCUGUGCUGUCAAAGCCGUUCAUGGUAAAGAUGGGAAGGAUUAUAUCAUAGAGGUUUGUCUUGUCUCACACACACACACACACACACACACACACAUCACAGCACUACCCACAAUCCCCUGAGGCAUCACACAGAUGAACUGGAGAUCACUGGACAUGUUUUUGUCUAAACUUGAGGAAUCAGACACACGAUCCUGAUGUCAAAAUAAAAUGUUGACCUCAUUCAUCUUUUGUUUUUGAAUCAGUGAUGGUUGAAGUGUCAUGUGUUAAUGAUUAUAUAACUGCUUCUGGAGCCGUUCAACUGGAACGUCAUAUCAGAAUGAGCCUGAAUGUCCACACGUCACUUCCUGUUGUUAUGAUACCUGAGGUCAGCACAUCAACCGCUGCCGACCAUCAACACACACAGUAACACACAGUGUGUGUGUGUGUGUUUUAUCUCUGGCAUUAGCGUGUCAGUGUUAGAUUGUGUUGCAUUAGAUCACAGUAUGACUUCAUGGGUUUGGUUUGAUUAGAUACGACACUGAAUGUGUGAGCGCCAAAGCAAACAGAGUGAUGUCAAUUCUGAUUCACUUCACACAUUACCCAAUAAGGUUUGAUUCUCCCUCCCUUACUGAACUACAUUUCACUGUUUCACAUCUCACAGGUUUAACGAAAACUAUUGAAAUGUGUUCAUGAAAGAAAACGCAUGAAUAUGUUUCCAUGGCAACUAUGAGUUCCUGUCAUAGAAGUUGUGUAUUGAAUUAACGAGGUUGUGUGUCUUUACCUACGUCAUACAUUUAGCUUUUUUAUUUGUUCCUUGUAGUGUCUCACAGUUGAUCAAUUGCUUCUUAACUAGACAUCAGUUCAAUUAAAUUUUAAUUAUAUAGCGCUUUUCACAAUGUGCAUUGUUCCAAAGUAGCUUUACAGGAGAAAAUAAGAACAAAAACAAAUACAAUACAGUGCGUGGUGUUGUAGAUCAAGCAAGAUCAUUCUAAUAAAGCGAUGUUAACGGAAAUGACUGAAUCUUAAACAAUUCUAACAUCACUGCACUUCAACACAGAUUUAAAAUGAUUUAUUGUGCAAAGAACAAAGAAAAUGUCUUCAAAUGUUCAGACAAUGAAGCGUGUAAAUAUCACCCUGAACUCUGAGGGGCAGUUAUCUUGAAUGUGAAUGGAAGUUGAAAUCCUUCUGUUGUAUUCAUAAUGUGUUUGACGAUAGCGCCUCUCAGUGGCCAUAGCUGUAUAUUGCAGUCUGAACUCAAACCUGAGUGUGUGUGUGUGUGUGUGUGUGUGUGUGUGUGUGUGUG